AACUUACCAGCUAAGCGAAGCCGAAAGCCAAAUUGACAAAACCAGCAGCACAUCUUGCCCCCAAGAGAAACCGAAGACCGCGAAAUCGCCGAUCACGUAGCCGCGCCGAUCUGAUUCUGACAAUCGGCGUCAGAAACAUUACGACUUCAACUCAAUCCCGAAACCCUAAACUGUUACUCGAUCUCUAUCAGGGGAAGUAUGAGCAAAGAAGACGGGAAGAAUAGGGCCUCUUCGGCCACCGGCGAACCCUUGCCGGCAAACUAUUACUACGGUACAUUUCAAGGAGUAGCCAAUCAUCCGCCUCCUCCUCCACAGUCUCAUCAAGUGUUCGGUUUUCCUCAGCCCGUUCCUCCGCCUGGUGCUGCCGGCGCUCCUCCUCAAUACUAUCCUCAUGGUUAUCAAACUGUUCACGGUUAUGCUGUUGCUGAAGGUAGACCUAUGAGGGAGCACCGUCUUCCUUGCUGUGGUGUGGGGAUCGGCUGGUUCUUGUUCAUCUCUGGUUUCUUUCUUGGUACCAUACCUUGGUACGUUGGAGCUUUUCUUCUUCUGUGUGUUCGGAUUGAUUAUAGAGAGAAGGCUGGCCUUAUAGCAUGCACAUUAGGGGCCAUGCUUGCUUUGAUUGCUGUGACUUUUGGUGUGACAAAGGCAACUCAUUCCUGGUGAGGCUAUCCAGGCUGCAAUAUGUGAACUUAUCGUGGCAAUCUCCAUAGAAAAGGGGGAAAGAGAGAAAGGAUAGAGCAACUUAAGUAAUUGGUUUUUGUUUGAAAGAUGUAUCCUUUUCUCAAUAUGUAUAGCAAAUAUUGACUUGGGUGGUUCUUAUACUAAACAGGCACUUUCCUUUGUAAUGUUUAUGGUACUUCUUGGUUUUGCUCCAAUAGUGAUGUAUAUUUUUUGAAAAUUCCCCAAAAUAUAAGUGCAGAACUAUAUUCAGCUCCAUUGGGGGAA